AUGUCAAAUAGUAGUAAUACAAACGAUCAAGCCAGCUUUAUUCGAGCUGUUGAAGAAGCAUUUUUUUUACUUGAUCGUGAUCAAGAUCGAUCUGUUGGUACAGAUGACUUUUGUGCUAUUGCUAAAUCUGUUGGUAUAAACUUAGAUUCUGACGAAGCAUUAUUACUUCUUCGUUCAGCUCUGCAUGAACAAACAGAUGAUCCGACAUGUGAAGCAAAAUUAACAGUCGAUCAAUAUUCAACAUUCAUGCUUCGUCAUGUUGGUCCAUCAGAAUUAAAUGAUGAAUUACGUCGAACAUUUGAUGCUUUAGAUCAAGAUCAUGAUGGAAAAAUAUCUCGACAAGAUAUGGAUCGACUUCGUCAUGAAACUAAUUUUUUUGAUAAACUUGACAAUGAUCAAUAUGAAUUAAUUGUUCAAGAAUUAUUAGUUCAUGGAAAUAAUGGAAUGAAUUUUGAUCAAUUUGUACGCUUGAUGAUGCAAUCAUAG